GAACAGCCAUUUUUUUUGUAAAACACAAACAAGACGAGACAGAAAAACGGCGAGCGUUGCAAAAACAAGGAAAAGUUUUUUUUAGUUCAUUGUCGUGUUUUUAGAAGAUAGCUGCAGAAAUUAUAUGUAUUUAAGUCGAAUUGAUCUGUUACUGCGAUGCACGCGCGUGCAAACGGAAUAAAGUCGUAGAUAACUUUACGUGAAGGUAUUAGCUGGCUGGCUAGCGUGCUGACGCUUUGCUUUGCUAGCUUGCUAGCAGGCUCCCAUUUUGUUCAUCUUCCAGAAGGAAAAAAAACAGGUCCGACGAGACAGAAAGAGAGAGAGAGAGGUCCGGCAACGAGAGUGACCGUACGAAACACAACUAAACAACCCUGAAACACUCGCUCACAUCCAUGUUGACUCACACAGAACCUUUGAGCCUUAAGGACGAGGAGAACAUGACUGCUGAGACGCUUAACUUCGGUCCAGAAUGGCUCCGUGCACUAUCCAGAGGAGGGAGCAUCACGUCCCCUCCUCCUUCCCCAGCAAUGCCAAAGUCCAAGCUGGCCGAGUACCGCUACGGCCGCGAGGAGAUGUUAGCACUUUACGUCAAAGAUAACAAGGUGCCCGAGGACAUGCAGGAUAAAGAGUUUGCUGCCAUCCUGCAGGACGAGCCGCAGCAACCUCUGGCUCUGGUGCCUCUGACCGAGGAGGAGCAGAGGAACUUCUCCAUGUCGGUGAACAGCGUGGCCGUGCUGAGGCUCAUGGGUAAAGGGGGCGUGGCUGCCCCAGCGGGUGUGACCCGAAGCCGAGGGAGCGCUAGAGGAGGACGAGGGAGAGGAAGAGGAGAAGGAGGGUUCUACCAAAGAGGAGUGGACGAGGAGGUGGGAUUCAGCCGUGGCCGAGAGGUGCACCGCAGCCAAAGCUGGGACGACAGAGCCGAACGCCGUUUUGAGAAGCCGCUGAGGAGAGAGGGAGGACGUGGGGGGUUUGAGGACGGAGGGGCGGGGCGGAAGGAUUUCAAUCGCUCCGACAGUGAAAACUGGCGCACACUCCGUGAGGAGCAGGAUGAGGAGGAAGGUGGAGGUGGAGGAGACGCAGGCGUGAGCUGGAGGGUGGCCGGGACACGCCGUGAUGACGGAGGCCCACGCUCGGCCGGAUGGAGGGACCACGGAGAUGUGCGACGCAGGAAAUGCGAGUUCGAUUUCCGUGAAGGUGACGUGGGCCGGCGAAGGGCAGGGAGCGAGGGAGGAGAGGAGGAGAGAGACGGGCUGCCGGAGUGGUGCACUGAUGAAGAGGAGGGAGAGAUGGGCACCUUCGAUUCAUCCGGAGCAUUCAUGUGUGUCAAGAAGACGUCGAGAGACGCGAUCCCCGAGGACCAGGAGCUGGAGUUCGAGGCUCUGGAGGAGGAAUACGAGGACUGCUCUGAAGAGAAAGUGGAGGACAAUGAAGCAUCCGAUGGUGGAGAGAUAAAAACUACUACUACUUCUACUACUACUACUACUACUUCUUCUUCUUCUUCUUCUUCUUCUUCUUCUCCUUCUCCUCCUGCCACAGUUUCUGUCUCUGCUCUCAGCUUUGAACAGGAAACACACUCACCUUCUUUUGCUCCGCCCACAAAGUUCAGCCUCCAGAUUAAUCAAGAUGCAGCUCCAGUAGGGGGCAGCACUCAGCUGCCUCAGAGCUCUCCUCCUGCUGGGACUUCCUCUCCUCCCAUCAUCGCCGCUGAUACCCUACCUCCAGUAGGCGACACCGAGGAGGAGGACGGUAUGACGCACAUGCAGCAGGAGGCGGAGAAGAUGGUGGCGUCUCUUCAGGACACGUCUCUGGAGGAGGAACGUUUCACGCAGGCGCUGCAGGAGAGCCACCAUGGAGCCGCUGUCACUCGCCCUCACCCCGGCACACGCACACACUCCCAUCCCAACACACACACCCUGCCUCACUCCGCCGGCGCCCUGCCACUCGCUCACGAGUCAGCUAUGAAGUGGUUCUACAAAGAUCCUCAAGGAGAGAUCCAAGGCCCGUUCAGUCCAGUGGAGAUGUGUGAGUGGUUCCAGGCCGGUUAUUUCACCAUGACCCUGCUGGUGAAGAGAGGCUGUGACGAGGGCUUCCAGCCGCUGGGGGACGUGAUAAAAAUGUGGGGACGUGUGCCUUUCUCUCCGGGACCCUCACCUCCUCCCCUACUGGGUAACCUAGACCAGGAGAUGUUGAAGAAGCAGUUGGAGCAGGCCGCUACUGCAGCUCUCUACCAGCAGCUCCAAAUGAGGUUCCAACACAUAAACAGGUGUGGUGAAGCAGGAAUGAUGCCUGCUAUGAACCGGUCAGUGCCAGAAACCUGGGACAUUCAUACCUCAUCCUCACAGACACCAGGUGCUGAGGUCAGUCUGUGGGAUUUGACCAUGAAUAAUUCACCUCAGGGUCCAACUCUGGAGCAGCUGCAGAAACUCCAGCAGGAGAGGCGUGAAGCUGAACUCAGGGUGAAGAGGGAGGAUGAGGAGCGAAAGCGUCGGGAGGAGAAGAGGAGGCAGCAGGAGGAGCAGAACAGGAGAGAGGAGGAGGAGUUGUACAGGCGCAAACGUGAGAAGUGUCGUCAGCAGGAGCUCCUCAUGAAGCUGCUCCAGCAGAGUCAGCAGCAGCAGCAGCGGGAGGUACAGGGAGGUGCAGGUUGGAGCUCGGUUCAGGCAGGGACUCUCUCUCUGGGUAAAGCUCAGGGAAAGAACCUCAGUCUGCUGGAGCAGCAACAGCAGCGAGCUCAGCAGCAGAGGCUGGCGAUGGGGCAGUGGACUGACGGCUCAGUGGGAAUGUGGACAGGAAUGGAGGGGAAGAUCAGCAGCAGCAGCGGGAGCAGUAUGGGCAUCUGGGAAGAGGCAGUUAAAAACCAGGCCAACCAUCGUAACAUGGGCAUGAAGAACAGCAUGAGUUGCCCCUCAUUCAGUGAGCAGUACAUGAUGAACCGUCGGAAGCGGACAGAAGAAGAGGAGCGGCUGCUGAAGCUGUUACAGGGCAUGAAGCCUCAGCAGGAUGGUUUUACCACGUGGUGUGAACAAAUGCUGCACGCUCUCAACACCUCGGCCAACAGCUCGUCCUCAUCUGUGGAUGUGGCCACCAUCGUGGCGUAUCUAAAGGAAGUGGAGUCGCCGUACGAGGUUCACGACUUCAUCCGCUCGUAUCUGGGCGACACGGUUGAAGCCAAAGAGUUCGCCAAACAGUUCCUGGAGCGCCGGGCCAAGCAGAAAGCCAACCAGCAGAGACAGCAGCAGCAGCUGUGUAAGGAGAUUGCAGGACUGAACAUGAACUUCCCCUUACAGUCUGUGUUCCAGCCGAGUCACAUGAGUAAAAGUGGCAAUAUGUAUGACAGCCAGGUCGGGAAAAUGAAGAAGAAACCCAGCGUGAUGCUGCACUCUGAUCCCAGCAUCCUCGGUUACUCGUUUUUGGGCUCGAGCGAGCGGAUGAUGCUGGGAGAGUUGGAGGCGGUGGAGGAUUACUGAUCCAGCAGAACCUUACUUGAGUCUACCUGAGGCCUUAACCUGGAGCAGACGAAUGUGCACUGCUCUCUCGCUCACCCCCUCUCUCACCCACUCUCUCGCUAUGUCUCUCGUCCAGACGAGGACAGAGAGUGGAUCAGAGGGACGGUGUGUGGAGGGAGCUCUCACACCUCUUUGUCUAAGCACCUUAACUAAGCUAUUGCACUUUAUUACCAGAGUUUCAAUAUUUGAAAUUGAGUUUUUGUCUUUUUUUUUUUUUUUUUUUUUUACAAUGCGGAAAUGUUUGAAUAUAUCGUUACGUAUAUUAUGUGUAGAACCGUUUGUAUGAGUGUGUGUGUGUGUUCCUAAAAGACAAACACUGUUGUAUUAUUUUUGUUUGUUUUCAUAUGAAAGCUAUAAAAUUGAAAAACUUGAACGUUUGCACUUGUUUAAGAAAAAUGGAGAGAGAAAAAAGUUUAAAAAAAAGUUUAGAUUAGGUUAACAUUUUUCAGAUUGCGUGUGAGUGAUUUGAAGAAAAGUCUGCACAAAGAACUUUAUUACCGAGAUGUAUAACGGAGAUGCCAUGUUUUUAUUUUGUUCAAGAGAAAUUUUUGUAUUUUGGACGAAGUGUGCGUGUGAAAGAAAGCAAGCGAGGAACGAGUGUGUGUGUUAACCUGCUUUUCACUUGUACAUAGGUUCUUAAAGAGACAGAUGGGACUGGGUGAAGUGUGUGUGUGUGUGUGUGUGUGUGUGUGUGUGUGUGUGUGUGUGCGCGCGUGCCUCCCGUCUGUGGUGCUGUAUUGACUUUGUUUUUUUUGAGGAAGUUUGAGACUGUUCGGUUCCAAUCCCGUUUUCAACCCAACAUUCUCGACUUCCGCACUGUGUCAGCUCGAGUGAGAGAUCGGCGUACAUUUGUAGGGAAAAAAAGACGCGUAUGACCGCUAGCCAAUUUUAUUCUGCUAGCUAACGGCCAACGUUCUCCAUGGUGUAAUUCUGUUUCGUAACAAAGCAACCGCAGACAAAGGGGCGAAUACUUAACUUUUCAAAACUCUAAACACGUUGAUAGUCAUGUUCGGGUUUCUCUGUUAACUGGCGAAUUAGCACGCUAGGUCUUUAGCAAGCCGUUAUCGCCCUGUCGAAUGCGCACUUUGAGCGAGUGAAUGAGUCGAUGAACAGUGUUGAAGCGUUAAAUGUGUAGCUCUUCUGUUCUCUUUAAAACACCACAAAACUGUGUAUUAUUUCUCCCUAUUUUGGAGGACCACAUGUGAACUAAUUGCCUUUUGUGUGUGUGUGUGUGUGUGUGUGAGAGAGCGAGUGUGAGACAACCUUACUUUUCAUUGCUGUUUAAGGAAAGAAAAAAAAAAAGAAUGAUUGAUUUAUUUUUUUAUUGCAUACAAAGUAUUUGAAACUUGUGAUCUGAUUUGGAGCACUUUCAAGGCUGCUACCUUAUUGUCAUAUAUAGAUUAUUAUUUUUUUGAAUUAUUCUUUUGAUUUGUGUUUUGGUUUUUUUGCAACCUUGGGAAGAUUAUUACAAAUGAAUGUAUUCCUAAAAUGUGCAACGGAGCGUCACAACAAGCCCGGCGUCUUCGCUCGCGUCGAGGUCUGAUGGGCUUUCGACAAGAAAAAUGGACAUUUUCUGAAGGAAAUGUCCUGCUGUUCUUCCAGAACUUUCUCCAGCAGUGAACCUCGGGCCAAUCAGAGCCAAGGACGUGCACCGUGUAGCAGUAGAAGUCUUUUUAUUAUUAUUUUGUUGUUGCAAGAAUUCAGAGGUGCGGGUUUUUCCCCUGCUCUAAUCUUCAGUAAAGACAGAGACUUUUGAAGCCUGGGGCUGAAGAUUAUUAUCGGUACUUGAUCUAGAAAAAAAGGAACCGUAUUUAACUCUUGUUUUGUUUUCUCUUGUUCUGGAGUAUAUUUUUGCAAAAGAAGAAGAAAAAUAAGAUAUGUAAGAAGCAGCAAUAAGGACAAGAACAUGCGUGAGGACAUGCAAGUGGACUCGUGCCACAUCCUGGAUGGGGGGGGAAUGGACUCCAGUCUCUUACAUCUUCCCAGACAAGUGGAUUUGUGAGGUGGACUUGAGAAAUGGACUCUUGGAGCGUCCGCCAUCUUGGAGACGUAUACUCGAGUCUCAUACGAAGACUGAUUGAGAGGCAGACUUGCAUGUCCUACAGCGUCCACCAUUUUGUAAAAGCGGAUUCGAGACUCCUGUAAUGUUUUGGGGGGGUGGAAGGGUGGUCUCGAGAAGCGGACUAGAGUGGUCUUUGGCAUAUGAAGGAAAAUCCAGCACUGUUGCUGAAACAGUGGAUUUUAACUCAAUGUUUCCUAGAAAAGUCCACAGCAGAUGAGCUUCUGGAGAACAUUAGGGUGUGUUAAACCCUUGGAUAUGGAUGGAGAACUUGUAAAGAACAACACAGUGGAAGUUCCUUUUCUUAGAGGAUUAGAACUGCAGGAAGAGAGAAAGACUGCUGCAGGUCCUCGAGGAAGAAGAACGAGUGAAACCACCAGGUUUCAGUGUGAGGACAGCAUCCGUGUGAUCGGAGCCUGGGUUCUACUGGAAGGAAAACGACGUCACGGUCCGUCUGAGGCUUCCGACACACAGACCUGGCUCCUCUCGCCUUUUCACACACUUACUUCCUCAGUUUUCAAGGCGUGUGCCGAUAAUCGGUUAGUCAGAUAUCACAGUAUACAGCAUACACAAGACAGACGACCACUGUUCUGAUUAGCAAAGCUGAGACGCUAGCAGCGUUGCUGUACGAAUAGGAAGCCAGUUUGUGGUGACCUAGCGGAACAGAUUAUCAUUUUUGGCUAAAUUUGAAAUUAUAUCGUAAAUCACACACAGAAAAAUGAUUUAUCGGCACAUGCCAACUAUUUUCCUCCUUCCUCUUCAUGUAUACAUUUUCUUUUUACUUUAAAUUUCCUCCUCUUGAUCGUGUUAUUGAUAAGGGUGGAGCUUAAGUUAAACUAUCAUGACAAGGUCACAAUAUUUCUUGGUGCUUGUUAGUUAGCUAGCUUGCUUGAGAAACACCGUGAUUUAUUUUGUCAUGCCAUAUUAACGCUAGCAAAUAUUGUUAUUAUAGCUACGUUCAUGUAGUUAGCUAGUCAAGGUGACAAAUUACGUUAAGACACGAUAUCUUACGGAUUUCGCCUUAAGCUCCACCCUUUUGUGUAUAUAAUGUAAAUUUUUUCUUUAUUUUUCUGAAACAAUCCCCACCCCCUGUUUUUGUUGCAAUGCCUUAAACUGUACAGUGAACAAUUUUAUCACGACUUGCUAGCUCACAUGAGUGUGCAUCAACAAUCUGGGCGCAGACCCGCCCUCAGCUGUGGGACAUUUCCACUCGGCUCUGUAUAUACCAUUUCCGUGCUAGGGCAGUUUUAAGGUAUUAUCAAAGUUUGCGAGUUGUUUUAGCAGAAAAGGACGUUAGCCCCGCCCAUGCUCCAUCCUUCUCUCCACCAGCUACGGCAGACAAGUGGGCACAAAGACCCUGCAGACACUGAGGGCGGGGCUAGUGGAAGUAUUUUUUUGUUUGUUUUGAGAAGAACAAACUACAUUAAACAGAAAAUAAAAAUUUUAAAGGGUGAA